UGAUGCUCAAGAGGCUGACUAGGUGGAUGCGCACUAGAUUUUGAGACGCGGCCAUCACUUCCAACUAAAGGAUGUUACGCGAAUGACUUAAGAUGAAGUUCUUGUUAAAUCGUGUGACUCAGAUAUUACAGAAACAGGGGGUGCGCCGAUGUGACGACAAAAAGUGCAACGUGCUUCUGCUCGUGUCUCACUCGCCAUAAAAGCCACGAGCGCGAAAGUGUUUCAUCACACCGCAGCAAACUACCUGAUCGACACGAGCUCUGCAAACAUAAACAAGCCUUACCGAAUACAGAUUUGUGUUUACCCUGAAAACAUAAGUUUGGAUUCACUGCAAAAAGAGGAAGAACAGAGGACCUCUGUCUCAAUUGCAGCAACUGACUUUCUCAACAGAGCAGGAUGGAAAAGAUGAAAGACGGUCAGGGGGACAAAAUGUCCUUUGUGACAUGUUACCUCAUGUUCUGCGUGUCCACGGCUGUCAUCGGCUCCUUGCAGUUUGGUUUCAACACAGGCGUCAUCAAUGCACCCGAUAUGAAAGUGCAGAACUUCAUCAGAAAUGUGUCUUUGGAGCGCACUGGAGAGCCAAUGGAUGAAUCCACAUUGACAACAGUGUGGAGUGUAACUGUUUCCAUUUUCAAUGUUGGCGGCAUGAUCGGGUCUCUUAGUGUUGGCACUCUAGUUGACAAACUAGGGAGACGGAAAUCCAUGCUUCUGUCCAACAUCCUGGCUCUGAUUGGUGGACUCCUGAUGGGUUUAUCCAAAUUGUGCAACUCUUAUGAGUUGAUAAUAGUGGGUCGUCUUGUUAUUGGUGCAUUCUGUGGCCUGUGUACAGGAUUGACGCCCAUGUUUGUGGGUGAAAUUGCUCCAACAGCGCUGCGAGGGGCUUUUGGUACCCUUCACCAGCUCGGUGUGGUCAUCGGCAUCCUGAUUGCACAGAUCUUAGGUCUGGAGUCAUUGCUGGGGUCUCAGUCUUUGUGGCCAUUGUUAUUGGCUCUGACGGCAGUGCCUGCAGUGUUACAGAGCAUCAUGCUGAUCUUCUGCCCGGAGAGCCCUCGAUACCUGCUGAUCACUCUGAACCAGGAGGAUGAGGCACGCCAAGUGCUGAUACGUCUUCGUGGGUAUUCAGAUGUGGAGGAUGACAUCCGUGAGAUGAAGGAAGAGGCCAUGAAGAUGUCCAUGGAGAAGAAGGUUUCUAUUCCAGAGCUCUUCCGUAACUCUGCUUACAGACAGCCCAUUAUUAUCGCCAUAGUCCUGCAGCUGUCCCAACAACUGUCCGGCAUCAACGCUGUAAUUUAUUACUCUACGGAGAUCUUCAGAAAUGCAGGUAUCACUGAGCCAGUCUUUGCCACCAUUGGAGUGGGUGCAGUCAACACUCUCUUCACUGUCAUCUCUCUCUUCCUGGUGGAGAGGGCAGGAAGAAGAACACUUCAUAUGAUCGGUCUGGCUGGGAUGGCUGUCUGUACUCUGCUUAUGACCAUUUCUCUUGGUCUUGUGGACUCUGCAAGAAAAGCGGCAGAAAGUACUGCUAAUGUGACUGCCAUCUCCGAACCUGCAUCUGCAGGGCAGGGAACUUCAGCAAUCAGCAUUCUGGCCAUUCUGGCAGUGUUUGGAUUUGUGGCCAGUUUUGAGAUGGGACCAGGACCAAUCCCAUGGUUCAUAGUGGCAGAGUUAUUCGCUCAAGGUCCACGUCCGGCAGCCAUCGCUGUGGCGGGAUGCUGCAACUGGACCGCCAGCUUUCUUGUCGGACUGCUUUUCCCAAAACUAUUGAAACUGUGUGAUGCGUACGUCUUUAUCAUAUUCCUCAUCCUCCUUAUCAUCUUCUUCGUGUUUACCUACUUCCGGGUUCCCGAGACCAAAGGCCGGACGUUUGAAGACAUCGCCAGUGGCUUUUCCAAUGCUGCAGGCUCCAGUGCUACCAACUACACAUCCCCAGAGGGUGCCAUCACAAUGCCAGUAUCCCCAACAUCAGACAAGAUUCAGAUGACUGAAUUGGCUGGCCAGGAGAGUAGAUGAGCAAACCUAUAGAAAAAACCCAUAACCCACACAAUGAACACAUACAGCCCACAAUAGAGAACAGAUGCAGCUAAAUAAUGGGCAUUAUUAGAAAGAGACAGCUUGGCGUAUUUCUCAAGUAGAUCAGUGAGAUAUACUACUUGAUAUCACACAUCAGUGUUUUGAUAAAUAAAUCAUGUUACAGAUAGCAGCUGUUUAAAUCAUUUCUGUCGUCAAAUCACUAUGGCUUUUUUAUUAUUAUUGAGUUGAGUUAGCUUCAAAAAGUUAAUAGGGUUUAAAAAUGUCUUAAAAGUUUGAAAAGCACUGACUUGGAGGUACUAAACAAUGUUAUGUUUUUGAAAACCUUUUUAUGAUUGGCCGUUAUGAAGUCAUUAUGAGCUAAGAAGUGUUUAUAACUUGUGAUUGCAGAUGUUAAAUUACUGUAUGUGUAGUUAGACUUAGAGUUUAGUUGUAUUUUUAAGAUAACUAAAAUUCUACUAAGCACUUGUCAGUAAUCAUGUGGCAUAUUAAACUGAUUACUUUGAUUAAAUAGUUGGUUAGCAAAAAAAUAAAUGCCCCAUAUCACCCAGAAACCUGAAGCAGCUGUAUGAAGUUGCUUUAAAUCAGAUUGAAUAUGUGCUAAUCAGACUCGCGUUGAACUGCUGUCCAUUUGACUCCUUUCUACUGUUCAGGCCACAAGCAUCUUUCCUUUUGGACAAAGGACUAAUUUAACUUUUUUAAUUGGAUUUUAAAUUCUAGAUUUUCAGUAUGUUUUGGGGGGUGGGGGGGUCCGGUUAUGUAUUUCAGCAUGUGUUGCUGUUUAUGUGGAUGAUAUUGUUGUAAAAGUCCCGCUGAAGGAAUGAAAUAUCAGUGUUUAAAUCAGUUAAGUAUUUCUCAUGAUGAUUGUCACUCAACAUGACUGAAUGAACAGUAUUUAUACAGAAUCAUAUGAAAGUUAAUCAUGACAUCAGUCAUCACAAGCACACAUUUAUUGUUUUUUAGCCCUGUUUGAGGUUUUUAACUAGGCUUUUGGUUUUGGGGGUAGUUAAGAUUGUACACUGUAAAAGUUCUGCUCUACUGUGUAAAUAUAUAUUUUUGUUUGCACUAGUCUGACUGGAUGAUUGAGAUACUUUCUGGAGUUCUAUCAAGUACACACCAAAGUUUAGUUUUUUUUUUUUGUUUGUUUUUUUGUUUUUUGUGAAUGUGUGUUUUAUAUAAAUUUAUAUAUUUGGAUGUAUUUAUAGUUUUUAUAUUUUUAAUUUCAAUUUCUUAUGUUUUUACUUUUUUAUUUUUUAUUCAAACACAAUAAAUUUAUGAGUGUAUGUAAUACCAUAAGCACUUAAAAAAGCGUAUUUAUUUUGUAAGAUUGACCAGAUUAAAACAUUCCAAUUGCA